GAUGGAAGAUUUGGAAUGGGAUAUAGAUGACUUUAUAAGGAUAGGAAAGGAGCUAGAGAAGGAUGAAAAUCAAAAUUUCCUCUGUAAUAUGAAUCAAAAUUUAGAACCAAUAAUUUCCGAAGGGGACAUUCAUAAAUCUAAGAGCAAAUAAGAUUAUCUCUAACUAUUAGAAAAGUUAACGAUACAACUAUGUAACAUUUGGGCGGACUUAAAUAAGAAGCUCCGAAAUCCCCUCACAGUAUUUGAUACCGUAACAGGCAAUAUCACAAGUCUUGGGAUAGAAUAUUUUAUACAUAAUAGUAUCUGA